AUGGUCAAGGUCAAUAAUAUUGAGAUAUCACCGCCUAUUGUCAAUUCUUCUUGUGCGUGGUCCUCAGAUUUUCAGCAACUUGAAGGGCUUUACAACUCCCCAUACACUGGGGGCGUCACUACUCGUACGGCGACAGCUAGUGGGUUCAAGGAGGACGACGAACAUACAGUAGUCUUUACCAGGAAAACCCUUUCGACUUUGAACUCGUAUGGCUAUUCGCCCCAUCCGUUGACAACCUAUCUGGCAUGGGUCGAAUCCAUUCUACUCUCACGACCUUCAUCAAGUAAACCGUUCAUUAUCAGCAUAACUGCCUCCCAACCAAACUCUCUUCAGUCCAUGGUAGCUUCUAUUCAAGCCAUGCGGAUGAAGGUUGGCGAUCGUAAUGGUUCGCGGACCUCAAGGGUAGCCAUCGAGCUCAACACCUCUUGUCCAAACAUCCAGAACUCUUCUCCAUCAGGAUAUUUCUUUGCAUCUCUCUCUCCUUUACUUGACGUGCUCGCUAAAGAGCACGCUCAGGACUCAACCUUGACAAUCGGGCUGAAGUUACCCCCAUUUGUAUUCCGCGAGCAGUUUUUGGAAGUCUUGGACACCCUGCAACAAUUCACCCUUACCAUAAAUCACACAAAUGCUUCCCCGUUUUCCUUUUUAACGUGCACAAACACCUUGGGAAAUUCCCUCAUGUUCCCUGACCAGUUGGAGGUCCAUCCUCUUUCUUCCCUUGGAGAAAUUGAGAGGGUGUUCGGUGUCCCAACCGCGCUGGGAGGAUUGGCUGGUGAUUCGUUGCAUGCACUAUCACUCGGCAAUGUCUACACGUUCUCUCAACUCUUGCGAGCAGAGAACUGCUCCGAGGCCGGUUUAGGAGACUUAAAGAUUAUCGGUGUUGGUGGGGUCACAUCACAUGAAGCCCUGCUGAGGAUGAGACGGGCAGGAGCAGAGGUUGUAGGGUGCGCAACCCUCCUUGGAAAAGAAGGGCUUCGCGCUUUCGAAAUAUUGUCCAUUGCCAACUAA